CUUCCUCGAGAGCCCGAUAGAGAGGAUGAGAAGAGGAAAGCAAAGUCUAAGACCACAAAGAAUGUGAAGAACUCUUCGCGCGGUUCCGAGAAGCCAGUGAUUAGUCCGCCGACCAAUUUUGAACAUACAGUUCACGUGGGCUUCGAUGCCAUCACCGGCGAGUUCACGGGAAUGCCUCCCAAUUGGGCACAACUGCUGCAGAACUCGAAUAUCUCGAAAACGGAGCAGAAGAAGAACCCGCAGGCAGUGCUCGAUGUGCUCAAGUGGUACGACUCCAGUGCCAAAGCCAAGGAUGAGAAGUAUAUGACCAUCAAUCGCAACCUCGCGGAACUGCUUAACAGUCUAUUCACUCCUGCGUUAAAUACGAGUCCACGUCCGAGUUACCUGGCUGAACGGCUGGCAGCCCUCACCACCACCACCACCACCACAACACUGGCCUCAUCUUCCAGUGCCAGUGUCUCUCCAAUCCAUACCAAACUCAUUAUCAAUCACUGUUCUGCCGGCUCUACCGUUUCGUCGACC